AUGAGUUACUUUCUGGGGAUCGAAAUUUGCAUGAACAAACUAGGCCUGAACUUGUGUCAACAUAAAUACGCCCUUGACAUCCUUGCCAAAGCCAGGUUCCUCGAUUGCAAAGCAGUAGCUAUACCCAUGGUACCUAGUCACACCUUAAAACACGAUGAUGGCACUCUGCUUCCUGAUGCCAGCAGCUAUAGGCAUUUAGUUGAACGCUUAUUGUGUCUAACAGCCACACGACCGAACAUAGCUUAUGUUGUCCAUCAACUUAGUCAAAUUGUUGAUGCUCUUACUGAUAAACACUUGAUUGCAGCACAUCGUGUUUUGCGAUAUAUAAAAGGAGCUCCUGGACAAGCCUUAAUCUCUUGGAGGUCAAAAAAGCAGCCUAAGAUCUCCAUAUCCUCUUCUGAAGCCGAGUAUCGGGCUCUAGCUGCUGCUACAUGUGAGGUGAAAUGGAUUUCUUAUUUGUUGAAGGAUUAUCAUGUUGAAAUGAAGAAGUCAGCAGUACUAUUUUGUGACAAUAAAUCUAUUUUUGCCAUUGAUAAAAUUCAUGUCUUCCAUGAGAGGACGAAGCACAUCGAGAUUGAUUGUCACCUUGUUCGGGAGAAUGUUUCUCAAGGCUUGAUCAAGCUCUUAUUCAUUCUAUCAUCCGGUCAAGUAGCAGAUGGCUUUACCAAGUCCCUCCCUACUACCAUGUUUUAG